GCAGACUCAGGUGCUCGGACAGGUCCCGGACCAGCUGUUCUCCCUCUCCACGUGGGUCGACCUGCUCAGCACUCUCGCCAUGUCCACCGCCUUGGUGCUCGUGGCCGUCCUCCUGGCGCCCUCCUGCUCGGCCGCCCCGGACCGACGCCGCCUGUCGGCCGAUGGCUACUACCAGUUCACGGGCCUCGACGCCCUCGGCCUCCCCGUGCUGUCCUUCGUGAGCGCGUCGGGCGGCCGCCAGGCGGUCCUGCCUCCGGGCGCGGCCACGGAGACGCCCCUGGCGGAGGCCCAGGAGGGCGGCGGCGCGGCCUCGGGGACGGCGAAGCCCGACGGCUCCGUGGUGGACGAGAGCGUGCAGGGCGUCCCGAUCGGCAUCCCGUCGGUGCCCGUGGGCGAGGGGCCGGUGCGGGACGUCGAGCGCCCGGCGCCCGUCAGGGAUGUCCUGAUCGAGGUCCCCGCCGGGGAGGUCGCCCUCGUCAACAUCACCGUCGUGCAGGUUCCCGCGAGGGACGUCCCCGCGGGCGCCGCCCCCGUCGUCGUCUCCUCUCCCGAGGGCGUCCCCGUCGAGGCGUCCGUCGUCGGCGCCGCCCCGCCCGCCGCCCGCUCCGGCGACGCCGCUCCCGAGGGCGUUCCCCGUCGAAGGCUCCGUCGCCGCCGUGGACGCCGCGUCGACAGGCCCCCGUGGAGGCCGUGGUGGUGGAGGCCCCCGCCGAGGGCGCCGCCCCGUCGGGGAGCGGCCCUCCGGGGCCGGCCAGGGCGGGGACCUGCCGGCGCGGGGCGUGGGCGCGCACACGUCGUCCGAGGAGGAAAAUUAGCGGAAAAUGACCUCGUUUUCCGCGUUUCGUUUUCUUUUCUUUUUCAGCGUAGAAGACCAAUUUAGGGAACUUGUUAGAGGGAAAAAAUAUUGAAAUAAAUGGAAUACAUUGAA